AUGACCAACUCCUGCUGCUCUCCUUGCUGCCAGCCUACCUGUUGCAGGACCACCUGCUGCAGGACCACCUGCUGGAGACCAAGCUGUGUGACCAGCCUCCCAGCCCAGCUGCUCUGUUGCCAGCCCUGCUGUCAGCCCAGCUGCUGCCACUGCUGUGGCUCCAGCUGCUGCCAGCCUUGCUGCCAAACCACCUGCUGUAGGACCUGCUUCCAGCCAAGCUGUGUGAGCAGCUGCUGUCGCACACCUUGCUGCCAGCCCUGCUGCUGUGUGUCCAGCUGUUGCCAGCCCUGCUGUCAGCCCAGCUGCUGCCAGCCCAGCUGUUGCCAGCCCAGUUGCUGCCAGCCCAGCUGCUGCCAGCCCAGCUGCUGUGAGUCCAGCUGCUGCCAGCCCAGGUGCUGUAUCUCUAGCUGUUGCCAGCCCUGCUGCCAGCCCUGCUGCAAGCCCUGUUGCAAGCCUUGCUGCAAGCCCUUCUGCCUCGACCUGUGCUGCCAGCCAGCUUGCUCUGGACCUGUGACCUGCACUAGGACUUGCUACCAGCCCACAUGUGUCUGUGUGCCUGGCUGUCUGUCCCAAGGCUGUGGGUCCAGCUGCUGUGAGCCCUGUAGUUGUUGA